GAGCUCAAAGCACACGACCCAGAACAACAAUCUGCGGGCACCCACAUUCCAAAAUGCCUGCCUACCACUCAGUCUUCCUCGAUGAGCCCAACCAGCAAUUGAUUGGCAACUUUGCCCUCCUUCCUCUUCGUACACGCACUCGUGGGCCCGCCGUCCAAUUGCCUGCUCUGCCCGCAGAUGUCACCGAGCUCACCAUUGAAGCCUCACACGAAUCCUACGACCCCCUCGACGAGGUUCUCGCCCUGUUCCGCGCCAACACAUUCUUCCGCAACUUUGAGAUCAAGGGGCCAGCCGACCGUGUGCUCAUCUAUGGCAUCCUCUAUGUGAGCGAAGUGCUGGGCAAGAUCAAGCCCAACAUGAGCCGGAGAGAAGCUGAGAAGGCCGUCAUGAACUCGGCUCUUGAUACAAACUUUGCAAUUCCUGGCGACGCUGGAUUCCCAUUGAACCAGGCUUUUGAAGCACCUCCAGACAGGAACUCGGCCGAAGUGCUGCGACAGUACAUCAUGCAGAUGCGCCAGGAGUUGGCAACACGGUUACUCAACAGGGUGUACGCAGACGAUACCAACACUCCUAGCAAGUGGUGGCUGAGCUACACAAAGAGAAAGUUCAUGGGCAAGGCUUUGUAGUUGCUGCAUUAUGGUUUUGAGGGGCUUUACCGUCUUCAAGAUUUGACAGUGAUAGAAUCAUGAUUUGGUUCCUCAAGUGGUCAAGUACCCAUAUGACUCGUUUCAAGA